AUGGAUGGCCGCGACUUCGCGCCGCCGCCGCAUCUGCUGUCGGAGCGCGGGAGUCUGGGCCACCGCAGCGCCGCGGCCGCCGCGCGCCUCGCCCAGACCGGCCCUGCGGCUCAGCCAGCCGCGCAUUUCCAGCCGGGGAAGUACUUCCCGUCGCCGCUGCCCAUGGCUUCGCACACAGCCAGCAGCCGCCUGAUGGGAAAUUCCCCAGCCUCCUCUUUCAUGGGCAGCUUCCUCACCAGCAGCCUGGGCUCGCCAGCUUCCACGCACCCCAGUGGCCCCACCUCCUCCCCCUCUGAGCAGGCCUAUCGUGGCUCCCACCCCGCUACCUCCCAGAUCUGGCUGUCCCACUCCCACGAAGCUCCUGCGUACCCCAGAUUUUCGGGGAGUCUGGCAUCUACCUUCCUACCAGUCAGCCACUUGGAUCACCAUGGAAACAGCAAUGUUCUCUACGGGCAACAUCGUUUCUAUGGAACCCAAAAAGAUAACUUCUACCUGCGCAACCUGCCCCCUCAGCCUGCAAUCCUGCCCACCAACCACAACUUCCCUGGCGUGGCCCGGACCGCCCCUGCUCACCCCGUUGGUUCCUGUACCCGGGACCGGGUUGAGGCUGGCUCCCUGCCGAAAGGCCCCAAAGACUUCGACCGCUUCCUCAUGGGCAAAGAGCUGGCUAAAGAGAAAGCUGGCAAGGUGGUGGAGGGCAGGGAGCGCCCAGUGGCAGAGGAGGAUGACAGCAAAGCCCGGCAUAAGCUGGUGCCACCCAUGCCCACCGAGGGGCCCUGCAAGGAGGGGGGCCCUGCACCUCGGGGCUCCUGUGAGGGACGCCCCAAGCACCUCACCUCCUGUCUGCUCAACACCAAGGUGCUCAAUGGUGACAUGGGCAAGGCCACACUGGCCAGCUGUGCAGGGGGCAUGCUGGGUCGGCCUGGCACAGGUGUGACAGCAUCUGGACGCUGUGCCAAGGAGGUAGUGGGCCCCAUGGAGCCUGGGCCAGCCUUUAGCGAGUGCCUAGAGCGGCGGCAGAUGCUACACCAUGCAGUAUCCUAUACGGUGCCCUCUGGCCUGCCCACUGGCCCACCUCCACCCUUAAGCACAGGUACCGGCUCUUUCCCCUGCCUGCAGUUGCAUGGCAGUCCAGAUGGACUCUGCCCACUGCAGGACAAAGUCCCUCGGGACCUAAAGGCCAGCGGGCCCACCUUCGUGCCUUCUGUGGGACACCUGGCUGACAAGAGCCGUCCCUUCCAGGCAGCUGAGGCUUGUGCUGCGGUGGUUGGCAGCAAGGAGCGGCAUCUGGAUGGGGCCAUGGCCUCCGACCAUGCUGUGCCCUAUGGAGUUUCCUAUGCCCACCUAAAGGCCGAGGGCAAGGGCGAGCGGCGAUCUGGGAGCUUUGAGGCUGCCCUCCACCCCCGGCUAAAGGGCCUGGAGUAUCUCAGUACAGGCCCUGAGGCUCCCUUCCCUGGACUCCCCAAAGGUGGUCUGGACAAGGGUGGCUACUUCGAGUUGCCUACACCCUCACAGGACUGUGCCCGGCCCACUCACCAGGACCCACUGGGAGGGAAGGCCGCCCAGACCUGCUGCACUUUAGACAAAGUGGCCAGCAAGGAGGGCCCUGCUGGUCCCCCAGGGGCCCAGAAGGUGGCCCGGAUCCGACAUCAACAGCACUUGGUGGCACCUGAGGUAGACCCAGUGGGAAGUGGGGCUGAGGCCAAGCGCAAGUCCCUGGAGCUGGCAUCUCUGGGGUAUAGUGGGCCCCACCUUCCCCCAUGGGGUGUCCAGACAGGCCAGAGCAACCCGAUGACCAUCAGCGAGGAACGCAAGGGCAGUUCCUACCUGGACCCCUUCGGCAGUGGCCUGCAGCAAGCAGCUCUCCUGUCCCAGGAGCUGCCCACCCCACCCGACGAGGUAUCGGCCAUGAAGAGCUUGCUCAAGUACAGCAACCAGGCUCUAGCUGUGGGCCAGAAGGCACCCUUCGUGGGCCUGGGUAGCCUCAAAGCCAGCUGUGUUCAGCAGGAAGCCAAGCUCCCGGCCUCCAAGGGCCCAGGCCCGGUGGACAGACCCGACUGUGCCCGCAGCCGGGAGCAUGAGACACAGCAUGGCGAUGGUGAGGCACGGCAACCGCCGGUGGGCAUCGCAGUGGCCUUGGCCCGGCAAAAGGACACAGCAAGCCGACCUGAUACAGCCUAUGGCACCAACAGUGGGCGGCAGGGCAGGGCCGCCCCCACCUUCAAAGCUGGUGGGGGGCCACGCAGCGCCCACGUUCUAGACCUGGAGAGUGAGGAGGAAAGGACACGAAUGUGUGAAGACCGCCUGGGGCUGCCUGGCCGUGAGCUGCUGUUACAGGACAACAAAGACCUCGUGGAGUUUGCCCGGAUCCACCCCGCAAGCAGCUGCCCUGGAGAUAUGGCUCCUCACCUCAUGAUGCAAGGAGGCCAGCUGAGUGGGGACCCAGCCCCCCACCCUGCUCACCCUCCCUGGCUGCCCCGCACCCGCAGCCCCUCCUUAUGGAUGGGGGGACAUUCCUACGGCCUCGGACACCCCGCCCUGCACCAGAACCUACCCCCUGGCUUCCCUGCCUCUGUGCCCGGCUCCAUGCCCUCAGUGUUUCCCCUCCCCCAGGACGCGUCUGCACAGCUCGUCAUCCUGCCCUCAGAGCCCACACCCCACAGUACCCCUCACACACUUGCUGAAGUCAUGGACCAGGCCUCACUGUGGCCACCCAUGUAUGGGGGCCGGGGCCCCGCCUCGCACAUGCAACACCCUGGUCAGCUCCCCGUGUACUCGAGGUCUCAGCUGCUGCGGCAGCAAGAGCUGUAUGCCCUCCAGCAGCAGCAGCAGCAACAGCAGCACCAGCAGCAGCAACAGCAGCAGCAGCAACAGCAGCAGCAGCGGGCCGCCCAGGUCCUGGAGCUGCAGCGAGCUGCCCACUUCCAGCGCAAGCCUGAGGACCGCCACAUGGAGCUGGAGGAGCAUGCCCAGGAAAAGGCGCCCAAGUCCACUCAUAAGCCAGUUGCCUUAACCCCGAUGGCCAAGGGCACACCCUCCACCGCCACUGCAGGUCCAGUCAAGCUGUCACCCUGCUGCCACUCACCCACCCUGAAGACCCCCACCAGCUGCCCCACACCACCGCCUCGUCCCAGUGCCCCCAGCACUUUAUCUGUCUGUCCCACUGGCAGCCCAGGACCUGGCUACAAGGUGCCCAGCACCGAGGACAAAAGUGGGGAGGGCCAGCAGGCUGGAACCAACCUUACUACGUUGGAACCAGACCUGCCUCCAGGAUUCACGCACUCCACAGCUGGCAUGGGCUUCUCCUGCCUUCCCUCAGAUGUGCACUCCUCUGACCUCCCAGACCCCAAAACUAUGCAAACCGCUGCCCCAGGGGCCCGACCUGAACCCACGAGGCCAUUCCUGCCCAGGGAGCCUUCCCCCUGUAGCCCCCGGAGCCUGGAGGAGCCUGGGCUGCUCUCAGGGGCCAGGGAGGCCACCCAGGACCUUACCGUCAUACCCCACCCCGCUGAGCGGGGACCUGCAAGAAAGGCAGAGGACCCUAGCCCGCUUGAGGCGCUGCAAGCACUGAAAUAUAGAACCCUCCUCAAGGGAGGGGGCACCGACACCACUGGCCAGACUAAUUUUACUCAGGGAGGGGUGCAAGAGGAGAGGACAGAGGAGGAGGGGGUGCCACGUCUCCCCUCAGGGGCCUCCCCUCAAGUGUUGGAACAGCGGGCAGGGAGCCCAGUUGCCCUGAAUGAAGAUGGGGUUGCACAGCAGGCCCCUGAUGUGGCCCAGCUUCAGGAGGAGGAAGCCCAGCUGGAGGAGAGUGGGGGUGACUCAGAAUUGGACUGGGGGACUCUCAGCUGCAGCCAACCACCCAGGGCACUGCCAGGCUUGGAUGCCUUGGUGGCUGCCACCGUGGACCUAGGGGACCUGCCCAACAUCAGUCUGCAAGAUCCGCAGCCCUCAGCAGCCUCUGUGCCCCCCAGCACGGCCCCCCUACCCCAUAGCUCAGGGAUUCACGGGAUCGCCCUGCUCAGUGAGCUGGCCGACCUGGAGACCCAGCGACAGAGGAGUGAACUUGCAGUACAAGCAGAAGAUGAGGAUGUGUUAGUCUUCAACCUGCAACACCUCGCCACACUGGCCACAGCUUGGUCCCUGGUGGAGGCCGCCAGCCUGGACAACACAGUCACCUCAGCCCCGCCCCCAGUGGCUGACCAGGACAGUGGCCCCAGACUCACCCCCCGCAUGCAGAUCCUGCAACGCAAGGACACCUGGGCCCCCAAGACCAAGCCCGUAUGCCCCCUGAAGGCUGCCAUUGACCAGCUGGACACACAGGAAGUGGAAAUGCGCAUGCAGUUGGCCGAGCUGCAGCGGCGCUACAAGGAGAAGCAGCGGGAGCUGGUGCGCCUGCAGCGCAGGCAUGACCACGAGAGGGAAGAGAGCUCUCGGAGCCCCGCACGGCGGGGGCCUGGGCGGCCAAGGAAACGCAAACACUCCAGCUCGCUGCCCACCCUACGUCCCGGGGGCCAGCUCUCCAGGAAUGAUGGCAAGAAAGCCAGGGCCGUGCGUGCCAGCCUGAGCCUGCUGUGCGCCGAACUGCGAGGUGAUGAGCCCGCCAGGAAGCGUAGCAAACUGGAAAAGAGUGUCUAUGCAGGCCUGCAGACAGCCGCUGCGGAGAAGGCACGGAGCAAGAAGAGCAGCGGCCAGGCCGAGCUGUCAACCUCAGUGGCCCACAAGGUAGCCCAGCUGAAGGCGAAGGUCAAGAGCAAGGGCCCGCCUGUUGGCCUGGGCCCCUUCCAGCGGAAAGAAGCCACUCCAGGUGGACGCAUCCGGAAGAAGCUGUCUCGAGCCAAGAGUGCCAAAGCUUCGGGGGCAUCGCGACACCUACACCCCGAUGCAGAUGGUGGCAGGGAGAUUCCCAAGUUCUCAGCCCAACCAACAAUAGCUGUAGCACACGAGGCAGGCAGCGGUUAUGACAGUGAAGACUGCCAGGCACUCCUGGGGACCGAGGCGGCUCCCAGGGAGCCAGGGCUGGUGCUACAGCCGGGGGCCAGUGUGGCAGUGCUGGGCCCCUCACCCUCCUCCGUGGUCAAGAUGGAGGCCAACCAGAAAGCCAAGAAGAAGAAAGAGAGGCAGGGCCUGCUAGGGGCCUGUCGUUUGUCCAGCCCUGAGAGUGAGGUGAAGAUCAAGAGGCGGACAGUGAAGGCCAAGGCGGGUGCUAAGUUGGAGCAGGCCCCAGGGCGGAGGCCACCAAGCGCACCUGGCAAGAAGAAAGCCAAAGGCAAGGCCAAGGGAGGCCUGCGUGCAGAACCAGGGACUGCCAGCAGCAAGGAUGCCCUUUUCAGCUCCAGCCGGACCUUUUCCUGCCAUGAGGAGGGCAGCAAGCUGGCCAGUGAGCGCCUCAAGAGAGCCACACGCAAGAGCGCCAUGUUGCAGCCAGCACUACGGAGGAAGAACGGGGCCCUGUCCAUCGCCCUGUCAGCCCGCAAUGCCAAGGCCAUCCUGGGGAAGGGCCGGAAGCUGGCAAAAGUGAAGAGUGAAACUGUCGGCAAGCAGGGCCAGGGCCGGGCCGUGAGCCGGCUGCUGGAGAGCUUCGCCGUGGAGGACGACUUCGAGUUUGACGAUGGUAGCAGCUUCUCAGACGAGGAGGAGGAAGAGGAGGCCAGUGUCCAGCUGAGCGUGGAACAGAGUGCCGCCCUGGCGCACUCCUGCACCAUCCACAAGGAGGACCUGCAGGACGGACUGCCCGUGCUGAUCCCCAAAGAGGACAGCCUGCUCUACGCCGGCAGUGUCAGGACCCUGCAGCCCCCUGACAUCUACAGCAUUGUCAUCGAAGGUGAGAGAGGCAACAGGCAGCGCAUCUACUCACUGGAGCAGCUGCUCCAGGAGGCGGUUCUUGAUGUCCGACCACAAUCCAGCCGGUACCUCCCACCCGGCACCAGGGUCUGUGCCUACUGGAGCCAGAAGUCUCGGUGCCUAUAUCCAGGCAAUGUGGUUCGAGGUGCCUCCAGUGACGAGGAAGAGGACCUGGACUCCGUGGUGGUGGAGUUCGACGACGGCGACACGGGCCACAUUGCCGUCUCUAACAUCAGGCUUUUGCCUCCAGACUUCAAGAUCCAGUGUACAGAGCCCUCUCCGGCCCUGCUAGUCUCCAGCAGCUGCCGGAGGACCAAAAAAAGGUCCAGCGAAGCCCCCCCAGUCGGCGAUGCCCCCACCUCCAGCCUGUCCCCUAAAAUGCAGGAUGGCCCCGAAGCUUCCAAGACCCCUGGGAAGAAAUCCGUCAGCAGAGACAAAGCUGGCAAAGUCGACCUCCUAACCUCAGGUGCCAAGCCCCCUACGGGGGCCUCAGACCACUUCCUAGGCCGCAGAGGCAGCCCCCUGCUGAGCUGGUCAGCAGUGGCCCAGACCAAGCGGAAGGCAGUGGCUGCGGUGGGCAGCAAAGGACCUGGGGUGCUGCAGAACCUCUUCCAGCUCAACGGCAGCGCCAAGAAACUCCGGGCUCGCGAGGCCCUGUUUCCUGUGCACAGCACAGCCGCGCCAGUGUUCGGCAAUGGCUUUCGGGCGGACUCCUUCAGCAGCCUGGCCAGCUCCUGCGCACCCUUCGUUGGGGCGGCUGGAGCCGGCCUGCCCGGGGGCGCCCACAAGCUGCUGCGAGCCAAGAAGGCCGAGCGGGCCGAGGCCGAGAAGGGCGGGCGGCGGCGGGCAGGUAGUGAGUUCCUGGUUAAGCUGGACCACGAGGGUGUGACCUCUCCCAAGAACAAGAACUGCAAGGCGCUGCUCAUGGAUGACAAGGACUUUGGCUCCAAGCUGGGGCGACCCCUGCCCAGCCCCAGCUACACGCACCCAGCCCUCAUGGGCAAGGACAAAAAGGGACGGGCACCCGUGCACCCGCUGCCCAUGGGGCUGGCUCUGCGCAAGUACGCGGGCCAGGCCGAGUACCCACUGCCCUGCGACAGUGACUGCCCCAGCUCCUACUCAGAUGAGGAUGAGGACGGGCCAGGGCUGGCCUCCAGCAUGCCCUCCCGUUUCCUCUCACGCCUGUCCAUGUCCUCCUCCUCCUCUGGCUCAUCCACCUCGUCCUCCUCAGGCUCCGUGUCCACCUCCAGCCUCUGCUCCUCGGAUAAUGAGGACUCCUCCUACAGCUCAGACGAUGAGGACCCAGCCUUGCUGCUGCAGACCUGCCUCACCCGACCCGUGCCCACCCUCCUAGCCCCACCAGAGGCCCUGCGUUCCAAAGGGAGUGGGCCCCAUGCCCAUGCCCAGCGCUGCUUCUUAUCCAGGGCCCCGGUGGCCAGCACUGGUGGAGGCGCCGGCCCCAGCAGCGGUAAAUCCAAGCCCAAGCGCAAGGAGGCCCUGAGCUUCUCCAAAGCCAAAGAGCUCUCGCGGAGGCAGCGGCUGCCCUCCGUGGAAAACCGGCCAAAGAUUUCGGCCUUUCUGCCUGCCCGGCAGCUCUGGAAGUGGUCCGGGAACCCCACGCAGAGGCGGGGCAUGAAGGGGAAGGCCAGAAAGCUGUUCUAUAAGGCCAUCGUCCGAGGCAAGGAGACACUGCGCAUCGGAGACUGUGCGGUCUUCCUGUCGGCUGGGCGGCCCAACCUACCCUACAUUGGCCGCAUUGAGAGCCUGUGGGAGUCAUGGGGCAGCAACAUGGUGGUCAAGGUCAAGUGGUUCUAUCACCCUGAGGAGACCAAGCUGGGAAAGCGGCAGAGUGACGGGAAGAAUGCGUUAUACCAGUCCUGUCAUGAGGACGAGAAUGACGUGCAGACCAUCUCCCACAAGUGCCAGGUGGUGGGGCGCGAGCAGUACGAGCAGAUGACCCGGAACCGCAAGUACCAAGACCGGCAGGAUCUCUACUACUUGGCAGGCACCUACGACCCCACCACUGGGCGCCUGGUGACAGCUGACGGUGUGCCUAUCCUGUGCUGAGCUGCCUGCCCCUUGUACCCAUGCUAGCCGGCCAGUGGAGCCAAGCGGUCGGCGAGCCUGGGGCAGGUCUGAGCAAAUAUGCAAACCCCCCCAUGGCAGGAUUGGGUUUCUCCUGUAUGUUCCCUGAAGGGAACUCUUAGGCAGGACCCCAAUCCCAUCCUGGCUGCUCGGGAGGAAGGGCCUGACUGGCCCUACGGAACCUGCCUCUCUGCCUCUGCACCACAGUUCUCGAGAGAUUAGAAUCCAAGCCAUAUUUCCCUAGUACCUCCGACUGUCUCCCACCAGGGAAAGCAGAAAUCAGGUGUGUUGUCUAUUUAUUUCUUUAUGUAAAUAUUGUAUUUCUUUGGGAAGUUUUAUGGAAAAAAAUGGAAAGGGAUUUUUUUUUUCCCACCCACGUUAUGAGGGUGGGCGUGUGUGUGUGUGUGUGUGUGUACGUGUGUGUACAUGUGUGUGAGUGCGUGUGUGUAGGGAUUUUGUUCUCAGCCUAGCUGAGCUCUGACAGGGGGUGCAUCUGUGAUGACAAAGGCUGCUGGGUGCUGGAGUGGGGCGAGGCCAAAGGCCAUGAGAGAGGUCAGAUGGGACCCCUGUCACCCCGUCCAGUUUCUUGGAGACCAACUUCAUUUCAAUAGAUCUUCUACAUUUAAAAAAAAAAGUAUUAGGGCUGGAGGUUGGUGAUGGGGGUCCCUGGUAGGAAAGAGAUUUUUAACAACAAGAUAAAAGCCAGGAUCAGCCUGUCCCCCAUCCCAGGAAUGUGGCCACAGCCAUGUGUAUCUUACCUCUGUUUUAAACAAAACAAACGAACAAAUAUUUUGAAGUAUCCAAAAGAAAAAUAGGUGUUUAGAUUUUACUUCCUGAAUAUUCCAAGUUAUUUCUGAUUUCUGUUUCCAUGCCAGUUUGUCACAGGAAGAUAAGUCUGGCCUCAUUCACAGCAGGGUGUAACCAGCCCUCAGCCCCCCUCCAUCCUCCCACUUGAGCCCCUUCCUCACUCCUCAGGGCCCCAACUUCCACCUCCUAAGAGCAGAAGGGCUAGCACACUGGAACCACUCCCUACUUGGCCCAGAACUCGGGGCCCACCUGGGGCUGGACCACAGUUCCACCCAAGUCUCCCCUCACCACGAAGAUUCCCCUUUCCCACCAGAAACCUUUGCUGAGGCCCCACCACCAUGGCUGACCUUAGAGGUCAGGAAGAGAAAAAGAAAAGUCCGGUGCUGCUCACCCAAGCAGGGAAAGGCCCAUCCAGCUCCUCCACACUCCUCAAGCCAGACAAUGGCCCGUGGGCCCCUCUGGCCAUCCCAUCCCCAUGGCAGUUUCUGGGCCUUUUCCACAGCUACCUGACAGAGCAGACAUAUGGCAGGCUCAUACCUGGGGUAUAGAACAGAGUCCCUUCUGGCCUCCAGUGGCCACACGCUGGCCCCAAGUAUCUGAGAAGCCCGGUGGCUCUUCUCCCACGACAGCAGAGCAGGCCAGACCUAUAGCCCAAAGGCCCUUCUUCUCAGAAAUACCUUGGGGGCCACACACUACCCAUGUUCCACCUCACCAAGGCUCCCUGGCUCGACAGGGAGGGACAGAGAAGCCCUGGGAAGCAGUGGGUGUCAGUGGGCACCCAUCCUUUUCUUUGCCCAGCCCAUGGGGAGGAGCCUGUUCCCAUCUCAGGGGCUCUGUUUCCCUCACUGUUGCCUCGUUGGCCAAAGGGCCACUCCUGGUGGCCCACAGGAUGCCCAAGGUACCCAACACCCAGCUGUCCCAUCACACCACGUCUCCCAUGACUCUGCACGAGUGCAAUAUUUCAUUCCCAGCAGUUGCGGGAGGGGCAUGCUGUGAGGUCCUGCUUGCAGCUCGGGAAUCAGAAAGAUGGCAAGGGAGAGCAUGCGCAGUGGCGGGCGCCAGCGAAGCCUGCUUGGAGCCACUCUGUGGGUUGCCUUUUGGAUGUUUCCUUCCCCCUUUGCUGGGCUGUCUUGUCUUUCUUUCCGUUCUUCUUUUUCUUUUCUGUGUGUGCACGCGCACGUGGACAGCGUGACUCCCUCCCCACAACCAUGGUGAACCGUGGCAAAAACACGUUCUGUAAAUGUGUAAACUAAGAGACUGGUUGGUUUUUUUUUCAAUGUAAACACUAAAAACAAAAACAAAACACAAAGGUUUUAUGAACAGUAAACUAUGUAAAGGCAUUUUAGUAUUAAAUUUUUUAUUGAUAA